CUUACCUGCACGUUCCAUUGUGAGCGGCGCAACAAAGGAAUAGCCUCUGAGUGCUCCUGACCAGUGACGGCAAUGUAGGUUUCAAGGGCCGACCUCUCGCUGUCGGAGAGCUCCGAGAUAUCAAGCCCGGAGGAUGACAUGGUCAAUUGACGGUCUCACCCAUGAACGACGGGUCUGAGGGGGUAGGGAGGCCAGUGAAGCUGGCUUCAGUGAUGCGGUAUAGACCAGACUCGGGGGUUGUGUCCGGAGAUCGUAACCGAGCGCCAGGUAGAGGCAAUGUCAAUGACGGAUACAGCAAUGACUUUGCAGUGAGAAGAAGAGGGAUCAGAUCCGUGCUGAUUCCAGGACAGGGCCGAGUCGUAGCUGGAAGAUGGGUGGGAGAGGAAGCUCGGGAGGCGGGCUCAGAAGGACAGCUCCGUCAUGGCCGUUUCCAGUUAGCCUUAAACGCGCGCUUGACGCAUGGGGUGGCCCGUGCACGGGACGGAGUUCGACGCCUUGCCGUCGAGUUCCCCUCUCCCCUCCCUCCCCCCGCGCGCCCUUGGUUCGGAUGUUGCCUUGCGGUCUCUGCUUUGCUACCUUGUCUUCAUCCAUGGCAUGAAAUUUCCGUCCGAUAUUGUCUCCGGACGACUUGCCAUCGAUUGAUUCGGUUGUUUCCAUCGCUCACCCGGUCGAAAGGGGCGCCAAUCUCACCAGCCCAGCCCGUCCUUGGCCGUUGCGGAACAUUUCCCCUGCCAUCAGCCACCAUCAGCGACUAUCUCCUCGACAAGUCUACCAAAGCGUCUGGGGUUGUCGGACUAGUCUGCGGGUCUUCUCCACCGGGGAAUGUGGUAUCCUCUAGAUAGAUUAGGUCGACCGGUUUUUCUUGACUCAAUGGAUAUACCUCUCCGUUAAUCCGCGCCCAACUGUGGAUAUACGAAGUACCAUGGCUACCACGGGGAAGUCAGUUACGCUGGAUGACGCCCGCCGUGGGACGGGGUCUCCAAAAAUGAAGGCACGAGGUUAGUUUGCUAAGACCAUGUCGCAUGGGACGCCGCUCGGGGGAAUCAACCGUCACUGAAGCUCCCAUCGGCUCGUGCUCUUUGGACCGUCCAGCUAACUUUGCGACAUCCUGACCUU